UCAAUCAAACACUAAACAAGAGUUUAGAACGGCAGCAAACUGAGUUGCUGGUUGACAUAUGAGCAGCAGCAAUGCGGCAACAGCAACAGCAAUAACAACAACAACAACAACAACUGCGGUGGCAGCCACAGAGCAACUGAGUUGAAGAAGCUGAAAGAAGAAAGAACAUUUUGCCGCCACACCAACUGAGAACUGAGAACUGAGAGCGGCUACUACACAGGAACCGGCAUCGGUUUGCCUAACAAGCGGGGCAGGAGCAGGAGUAGAACCAGAAUCCAAAACUGAAUCAGAAACAGAACCGAAACUAAAAACCAGAAUCGAAAGCAAUGAGAAUUAUGUAACAGUGUUUUUUGCGCUUGGACCGCAAAUUUGCAAGUCAAGUCCAAGGGAUGUCACUGUUUGGAUAGACAGUCGGGACAGCUGAGCAAAGCUGCCGCCGCCGACGUCGUCGUCGUCGUCAGCGUCAGCGUCGUCGUUGCUGUUGUUGAACUUAAUCUGUGAGCAUGAUUGUGCAAUAUUUGUUGAGUGGCCUCCGGCGAACGUUUGCGUUUGCGUUCGCGUUCGGCGUUGUCCUGGCAAGGUUGUUGUUAUGUUGUUAUGGACGCACCAAAUGUUUGUUUGUGCUGGCAAACAUGUUGCCCCACAAAUCGCUUCAUCCCCCCAAAAGAAUCACCAUUUCUAUUUCGAUUGCCAUGAUCUCGAGACGCGACAAAUUGCUGCAACAGCCGUGGGAGCAAUUGCGAUACGCGCAGCAUCGCGAGAAAGUGAUGUCCGCUCGACCAGCGAUUGAUACGAAGUCGCCACGCCAACACGAUCAUGUGCAGCGCAAGUGGAAGAAGCAGCAGAACGAACGCGAAAGGCAGCAGCAAAUCGAACGUGAGAAUCUGCGGCUGCUGCAGAAACUGGGUGACAUCAUGCGCAGCAAACGCAUGAACAAUCUUUGGCUGGAGCCCAGACCCAAUUUCCUGAAUCGCGAAAAGAUGUUUCCAACACGCCCCUACUCCAGCUUGCCACAAAUUGUUACCAUUUAUGGGGUGCCACCUCCCGGACCUUUGCUCUACGGCAUGGUGCCCAAAUCAAAUGUCAUGGGUCGCUGUCCGACAUGUAGCGGCAAUCCGGAACGUACUCAGGUCGCCAUACCGGAGCAACGCAUGCCGUGGGCAUUGCCACGCAAAUCGUCGAGCCGGAAGCAUCAGCAGCUGGAAUUGCAACAGCGUUGCUAUCAAUGCGGUGGCGUCAGGAGCAUGGAACGCAAACUCUUCGAUGACUUUGACUUUGACUAUGAAUAACACGACAAGCGAACGAAUAAAAAACUACACAA